AGAACGCUGCAGGUCCAGAAAUCUCCUCCCAGCCUGAGGAGGAAGAAAAACACUGCUUGAAUUUAUCGUUUGCCACUUUGCCACCAUGACGUCAGCUCAGGGCUGAGCUCUUUACCUGUGGCUGGGCCCUUAAAUGAGCUGACGCCAGGAGAGAAAGGCACUUUCUCUGGGGCUUAGCAGCGAGUGGCAGCAGCACCACAAGUGGCAAUGAGACGCUCUGUGUUCUUCGCUGUGUGCCUCGGCCUGGUGCUGAGCCUUUUGAAAGAAGCCUCUGCUGAAACACCUGCUGCCACAACAGUGACACCAAGCUCAACAACUACAGAAAAAGGUACUGAUGAUGGACCAGAUGGUGACCCACCAGUGGUGCCAACCACAGAACCUCCAGGAAACAAUACUGAUAAUGAGACAGCUACUGAGCCACCAGUGGUGCCACCAACAGAACCUUCAGGAAACAAUACUGAUAAUGAGACAGCUACUGAGCCACCAGAGGUGCCACCAACAGAACCUUCAGGAAACAAUACUGAUAACGAGACAGCUACUGAGCCACCAGUGGUGCCACCAACAGAACCUUCAGGAAACAAUACUGAUAAUGAGACAGCUACUGAGCCACCAGUGGUGCCACCAACAGAACCUUCAGGAAACAAUACUGAUAAUGAGACAGCUACUGAGCCACCAGAGGUGCCACCAACAGAACCUUCAGGAAACAAUACUGAUAACGAGACAGCUACUGAGCCACCAGUGGUGCCACCAACAGAACCUUCAGGAAACAGUACUGAUAAUGAGACAGCUACUGAGCCACCAGUGGUGCCACCAACAGAAGCUUCAGGAAACAAUACUGAUAAUGAGACAGCUACUGAGCCACCAGUGGUGCCACCAACAGAACCUUCAGGAAACAAUACUGAUAAUGAGACAGCUACUGAGCCACCAGUGGUGCCACCAACAGAACCUUCAGGAAACAGUACUGAUAAUGAGACAGCUACUAAGCCACCAGUGGUGCCACCAACAGAACCUUCAGGAAACAAUACUGAUAAUGAGACAGCUACUGAGCCACCAGUGGUGCCACCAACAGAACCUUCAGGAAACAAUACUGAUAAUGAGACAGCUACUGAGCCACCAGUGGUGCCAUCUUCAGCAGAUUUCUGCCUUGGAGAUCCUUGUGGAACAAGUUUAGCUACGUGUGUUUCCUUACAUAGCAAUUACACCUGCCUGUGCCCAUAUGGAUACUUCUACAGCAAUGAGGAUUGUAAGAAAGGGGACGUAUACCCAUGCUCCAUUGUAGUGAACAUAUCUUACAAUAAAAAUCUUGAAAUUGUAAAUUCCACAGAGUAUCAAGAACUGUACAACGAUGUAUCAGCAUUUUUUAAGGAGGCCUUCAAAAAUCUAUCAGGAUAUGUAGAAACUGUCAUCAAGAAAAUUCAACGUCUAAGCCAGAGUGAAAACAGAAAUUCUGGUCCAGGACUGAAUGUAACAGUGACAAACCUGUUCUCAGACAAAUCAGUUCAAAAUGAAUCUACAGUUAGCGAUGCAAUAAGAGCUGCAAUCAACAAUAGCCACUCCUUUGUCACGUCUUAUCAGGGUAUGUAACUCCUUGCUAGGGAAGCAGCUAAUCAGCAGAAACAGAGAUUUUUAAAACCUGGUUGGAAGAUUUCUGUGGGCAUAGGAGCCCAUCAAAUCAUAAGCCUUGUUGA